GCAAAUAAAUAUAUUUUCAAAUAAAUUAAUGUUUUUAUUGAAACUUGUUUAACGAAAUAUAAUGUUACACUAGGUACUAUAAUAUUGUGGAUACUAUUUAGCCAGUUGUGCUAAUUUAAUCGCCAAUAAGACUUUAUAUAGUUAUAUUUUUAUUUUAGUUUAUUGUGUUUAAUCAUGUCUACCGAUUUUGAAAAGCUAGUAAAAGAUCAUCUCCGAAUGCGACUGAUGGAAUCCGGUUGGACUGCGCAACUCAACGAAAUGAUAAAAAAUUCUGUUAAAGCGCGACUAGCUGCUGGGCAAGUCUUAAGCACAAUUAAAUUUGAACAACUUUACAAAGAUGUGGCUAUCGAAGCUCGAGACUCUCUUUCGUCAGACAUGGAAUUAGAAUUGCAUACAAAAAUGAAUGAAUAUUUAUCAUUGAAUCUCGAGGAUAAUGACGAUGAAGAAACUAAUUGUAAUAAUGGUAACAAUAGAAAUAAUUACUUUGAUGACGAUGACAGUUCGUCCUCUUCUUACGGACCCGAAGAAUUAAUUAGACUUUAUAGUGAAUCGUGUUAACAAAUCUAAUAUAUUCAGCAAUACUUGUAAAAUUUGUCUUUUAUAUUUAAGUUUUAUAUAAUUUGAUAUUAUGUAAUCUCAUUAAUUAACUUUGUAAAUAGAGUCCAACAUUACAUUAUUAAUAAAUGAUAAUUAUGUACCUAUU